GCGCAUGGCGGCCCGACACGGCGCGGGGCAGUACGAGGACGCCUUCAGUCCCCGGCGCCUGCAGAUCUGGGGCGUCACCAAGCCUGGUCCUCAGCGCCCCUCGUUGCGGCGGGGCUGCACCAGGAUCCUCACCAAUGACCGAGGGCACCUCCUGCCCACCGUGCCCCGCUCCCAGACUUCCCCGUGGGGCACAUUUGUGGGGACCUGGGACAUGCCACCACGGAUCCCCCCACCCAAGCUGGACCUGACCGCCCGCUCGGCUCCUGCUGCCACCCGGCUCCUGGAGCAGAUCCACCGACCCAGCACCCUGACCCACGCCUGCAACGGCCUCCAGACCGAGAUCACCGGCAAGCUCCAGGAGCCUUCCCAAAGGAGCAGCCAAGCAUCUGCCACCAAGGGCACUCAACCCACUGGGACACCAGGGAAGGACCCACCCAACCCCGGAGCCCCCCAGCCCAGCUGUGGGGGGGAGCAGCAGCAGGCAGAGGUGUCCCCAGAACCCCCAGCUGCAUCCCAGCCUGGGGGAUAAACCCCCCAGCCCAUGAUGACAGAGCCCAGUGGGGACACUGGGUCACCAGAGGCAUGAGGACAGGGGGAUUUGGGGGGGGGGGGGGGCUCUGGUUUUGCUCUCCCUCCUUCCCAGCAUCUUCUCCCACAACCCACCCCCAGAAAACACCUUCUGACACCCACUACAAAGGCACCUGAGCAAGGCCAACAGCAGGACAGCACUUUUGUUUUCAUGGCAACUGAGAAAACAAUAGGUUUGGUGUUUGGUGUUUGGUUUUUUUUUUUUUAUAUAAAUAAACACAUAC